UCUCUUUCCUCUCUUUAAAAAUCAAAAUUCCUUUCUUUCCUAUAUUCUUUCCCCAAACCCAAAGAAAAACAAAAGCUCCCAAUUUCUUCCAUUAGGGUUCACCAAUCAAUCAAUCAAAUUUCCCAAUUCCCUCAAAACCCUAAAUAACCUUCUGGUCUUUCUCUGUCUCAGGCGAGCCCUCCAUAGCUCGCCAAAACAUGCCUCAAUUCACCAAACCCACAUUCUCUCUCCUCCUCAUCAUCAUCGCCGUCGUCUUCACCGUCAGCUCCAUCACCACCGUCCGAUCCGAAUACGAUUCCCCCAUCAUCCGAUUACCCUCCGAACAAGCCGCCGCAGCCGCCGACGACGACGAUCUCUGCACCACCAACGGACCCGGACCCGGACCCGCAUCCUGCCCCGUCAAGUGUUUCCGGGCCGACCCGGUAUGCGGCGUCGACGGCGUGACUUACUGGUGUGGCUGCGCCGACGCGCUUUGCGCCGGUGUCAAGGUCGCCAAGUUGGGGUUCUGCGAGGUCGGUAAUGGUGGUCCCGGCCCUCUCUCCGGCCAGGCUCUCCUUCUCGUUCAUAUCGUGUGGCUCAUCGUGCUCGGGUUCUCUGUGCUUUUCGGACUUUUCUGAUAGCUUAAUUGAUUGAUUGGUGAGCCUUUUUUUUUUUCCUAGAUGAAUUGAGAAUUUGUGUGUAGAGAUUGAUGGACAGAUUGUUCUUUUAUGUAAUGUUAGAGGCAAAUAUAUACGGCUCUUCGUUUUUUAUUUGUUCUCCUAUUCUUUUUGUUGAAUAUAUAAACAAAGCUCUUAUUCUUUGUCAUAA